CUCCCCUCUCCAUGAAAAACAAGAGUGCUUCUCAUUUCUAAAAGCAUGCCUCUGAUGUCCGUGUCUCACUCACUUCAACCACUGUGUUCGUCAUAGUGACGUUGUGAUCGAGCUGCUCCUCUCCCUCUCUCUCUCUCUCUCUCUUGGUUCAGAACAGCGCGUGCCUCAGAACCCUGAGAUAAACGGCUGUACGGCAGCGCCGGUACCGGGACGCCGCUCCAACAGAUCAACACUUGAACAGAGCGACAGAGUGGAAACGGUCAAACGACUAUGGAUGCGUCCUGCUCGAUACAAAAAACAAAAAAACAUUUUUCAAAGGAAUUAUUGUUAUUUUUUCUUUGAAGUGUAAACUUUAACAACCACUUUUUAAAUCGUAACGGAAUCAAACCGCCAUAAUGAAUGAUAUUAAACUUGCGGUUUUGGGAGGCGAAGGAGUCGGGAAAUCAGCUCUCAUCGUUCGAUUCCUGACGAGGCGAUUUAUCGGCGAAUAUGCCUCAUCAUCAGAAUGCAUAUACAGGAAGCGUCUGUCUAUUGAUGGUAGACAGCUGAAUCUAGAACUCUAUGAUCCAUGCUCACAGGCCUGUGAGGGGAAGUCGACUCUGACCGACCAGAUCCACUGGGCUGAUGGCUUCGUAGUGGUCUAUGACAUCAGUGACCGCUCCUCCUUCAUCAAGGCUAAAGCCAUAGUACACCUGAUCAGAGAGUUAAACCUGGGAGUGGCCAAAAGGGAUGCUGACACUCUGGUGUUCCUGGUGGGUAACAAGCAGGACCUGUGCCACGUGAGGGAGGUGCGUCGAGAGGAAGGCCAGCGCCUGGCAGCCGAGUCCCAGACACAGUUCUACGAGCUCUCAGCCGCAGAACACUACCAGGAAGUGGUCCUCAUGUUCUCGAAGAUGGUCCACAACGCCAGCCUUGGGGGCAAGGCCAAGGAGAGGAGACGGAGACCUAGUGGCUCCAAGUCCAUGGCCAAACUCAUCAAUAAUGUCUUCGGGAAGCGGAGGAAAUCAGUGUGAAAGGGGAGAUGGGAAAGGUCAAGUGUUUACCCCAGGCCUAAAGAAGCCUUGUUACUUCGUUACUCCCCUUGGGACUGUUGUUGAAUGGUGAAAGGGAUUGUGGGAAAAUGGUCGAUAAUGUUGAAUGGACCCACCAACAACAACAACAUGGGCUUCACCUACUUUACUUGCUGUUGCUAUUAUUAUUGUUGAUCAUGAAAAGAGUCAAUAAUAAUUAGACCUCCACUCCUCUGGUUGCCAACCACCAAGGGACAGCUCUAUAUGGUAUAAAUGGUUCUACACUUAGAACAGAGCUUAUUGGACUGAUAGGACUGCUGCUGUUUAGACUUUCUGACUCGUGCUUACCAAACUCGCGUGUGUGUGUGUGUGUGUGUGUGUGUGUGUGUGUGUGUGUGUGUGUGUGUGUAAAUGACACCACAGGGAGACUCCAUUAUUAGCUAUGUAAAGUAAAUUACACCACAGGGAGACUCCAUUAUUAGCUAUGUAGAGUAUAUGAUACCACAGGGAGACUCCAUUAUUAGCUAUGUAGAGUAUAUGAUACCACAGGGAGACUCCAUUAUUAGCUAUGUACUGUAAAUGACACCACGGGGAGACUCCAUUAUUAGCUAUGUACUGUAAAUGACACCACGGGGAGACUCCAUUAUUAGCUAUGUUGAGUAUAUGAUACCACAGGGAGAUUCCAUUACUGGCCCUAUUGCCUCUACUGCUCAAUGCAUGCCACAGUGGCAGACACAGUCCAUGUUUCAUACAUCUUUCAUUAUGACUCAACUGUAUCCCAAAUAGCACCCUAUUCCCUAUAUAUAAUGCACUAUGUUUGACCGGAGCCCUAUGGGCCCUUAUCGAAAGUAGUGCACUAAACAGGGAACAGGGUGCCAUUUGGGAUGCUUCCUGAAUACCGCUACUGAAGAGAGCCAGCAGUUUAUUGGCAUGGAGGUUGUUUUUGGGGGGAAAUUCUUUCUGUGGUUACUGUGGUUUCCAGGGAAAGGUAAUGUAUCAUAAAAUAAUGAAUGUCUGUCUGUUUAGUUCCAUCUUCCUGUUGUUCAUUGUUCCCUGGAUUAAAGUCCGAAUUAUAAACUCAUAAAAUAAUGUAAAACUAUAAUAAACACUGUAAUCAAG